AUGUUGUUCAAGUCUCUUGCCCUAGUCGCUGGCGCCACCAUCGCAGCCGCUGACAGCACCGUCACCCUUUUCCUGCCGGGAUUUGACGCGCCGUCAAUUGACGCGAAGAUCGUCGGUUCGAGCAGCGCAAUGACUACCUAUCUGCUGAACUGCCCGCCCAAAAUAGACACUCAGAGCUGUUAUAUCCCAGAUGGUGGGUACACGUACACCGCAGGCUUAUCCAAGGUUAUUUAUGCCCUGACCAUGGACUCGGACUCCGAAACAAUUCUCGAAAGUUGUAACUUGGAAGGAACCACAUCCGCCACCUGCUGGGGAACGAUGAUCUAUGGCAACGUAACCUCAACUGAAAGUACUGCGAUCGAUGUCGCAACCAUUCCUUAUGGAGGAUUUCAAGCCGUCCAUGUCACCGCCACUGAAACUGGGAGGGUCGCUGCUUCGACUGGUGUAUCCGCUUCAGCUCCUACGGCUACCGUGACUAAUACCUCAACGGGGUCCAGCACUGGGACUACGUCGCAGAGCACAAACACUGCUACUUCUGCGGCGGCCGCUGCGAGCACGACUGCUUCGCACUCUACUAACGCCGCUGGGCCUGUGAUGACUGGAAAUGCUCUUUGGGUUGCUGGUGGUGCUGCCGCUGCUUUGGCUCUGGUGGCUGUUUAA